AUUCAAUGAUAUAAACACUAGAUCAGUACGCGGUGCUCUUAAUUCAUGUACGUUCGUUUUAUCGUACGUUUGUUAGAAGCGUGUUAAUAUAGUAUAGUUUUGAAAGAUGUUACGCUACAAAAACAUUUAUUUUGUCUGGAAUGUUGUUGUUACACUUUUUAUUCAUGUUCUCGUAACAGCACAUGCAACAGAACUACCUUCUUAUAUUCAUCCAUGUGGUCGUAAAGAUCCUAACUAUGAUCAAUGUGUCUUAGACAACAUUAACAGCCUAAAGAGUAAGAUCUGCACAGGAAUGCCGGAAUUUAACAUUCCUCCGAUCGAUAUAAUAGCUGUUGAUAAAAUAACUGUCUUUGACACGGAUAAUCUGAAAUUAUUUUGGAAAGAUGUAAAACUUACUGGAUUCUGUGAAGUUAGCAUAAAUUUUGUUCGCGCAGAUCCUGACAAACUCCAUUUUAAUAUAAGUGCUGUUUUGAAGAAUCUCCGCAUGGACUGCUUAUAUGAUUUUGAUAUACGUAUAUUGCUGUCUAUUGCUCAUUCGGGAUCAAGUACCAUUACAUUAGAUGAAGUAGGACUGGAAAUAAACAUGGAUUUAAAAGUGGCGACCAAAAAUAGCGAAAAGCAAAUAUAUGCUUCGAAAGUAAACACAAAUGUCAAUGUCAUAAAAUUCGAAUAUAAAAUUAAUAAUAUUGGAAAUGAAUCGGCUCAAGUGUUACAAAUUCUCAAUGAAUUCGUAAACAACAAUAAGCAAGUUCUUCUAAAUAAUGUUGUAUCAGUACUAGAAAAAGAGAUCUCCAAAAAAAUCAUUUUUACUUUUAACAGUAUAACUCAUUCCAAUUACGAGAAACUGUUUCCUGAAAAAGCAUGACUUGACUAAAACUUUGAGAUUUUGUAAUAUUAAAAAUAUUAAAGUUAACGAGAAUGUUUUAAAAUUAUAAAUAAAUUAAAGUUGUUUUUGAUAUCACAAAAGAGAA